UGUGUUUGUCUGUGAGCUUCUUUUUCUACCCUCCCUCACACAUACACACACCAACCAGCCUUUAGUCUGUGCACUGAGGACACCCUUGUGUCUGCAGGGGAGAGAGACAGAGUGUAUCCAACUUUAUGUGCUGGAUUCUUCAUUAGGAACAAGCCUUAAGCCUCUUCUUCUCACCUCACUGGAAAGAAAACAUGACAGACACAGCAACCAACAUGCGGCUAAGGCUGCCGAUCACCUGCUUCAUCCUGGAGAUCAUCCUCAUCAUCCUCUUCGGUGUAUUAGUGGAGUACGACCAUGAUACAGACGCAAAGGGACAUGUCAACAGUACAUCUCCUUCACAUUCUGAUUCACAUGCGGAUUCACCUGCUGAUUAUGAGAAUGAAUUCUACUACCGCUAUCCAAGCUUCCAGGAUGUACAUGUCAUGAUCUUCAUUGGCUUUGGCUUCCUCAUGACCUUUCUGCAGCGUUACGGCUUCAGCAGCGUGGGCUUCAACUUCCUGAUCGCUGCCUUCUCCCUGCAAUGGGCCACUCUUAUGCAGGGCUUCUUCCAUGGCAUGAAAGAAGGGAAAAUCCACGUUGGAGUGUUGAGUAUGAUCAAUGCAGAUUUUUGCACCGGCUCUGUGCUGAUUUCAUUUGGAGCUGUUUUGGGUAAAACCAGCCCUAUCCAGCUGCUGGUUAUGGCAGUCUUUGAGGUCACGCUGUUUGCUGUCAAUGAAUUCAUUUUAGUCACCCUUCUGGGAACGAGGGAUGCUGGAGGCUCCAUGACCAUCCACACAUUUGGAGCUUACUUUGGCCUGAUGGUGACCCGAAUCUUGUAUCGGCCCAACCUGGACAAGAGCAAACACAAGAACUGUUCCGUCUACCACUCUGACCUUUUUGCUAUGAUCGGUACCCUCUACCUGUGGAUGUUCUGGCCUAGUUUCAACUCAGCUAUCACAGAACAUGGAGAUCCCCAGCACCGCACAGCCUUGAACACUUACUACUCCCUGGCAGCCUGCACUCUGUCCACUUAUGCCAUGUCUGCCCUCACAGCUCACGACGGCAAGCUGGACAUGGUCCACAUUCAAAAUGCUGCUCUGGCUGGAGGGGUCGCAGCAGGAACAGCUGGUGAAAUGAUGCUGACACCCUUUGGCUCCAUGAUUGUCGGUUUCUUGGCUGGUAUCAUCUCUGUUCUGGGCUUCAAGUUUCUCUCUCCCAUCCUGGAGAAAAAGCUGAAGAUCCAGGACACCUGUGGGAUUCACAAUCUGCAUGGCAUGCCCGGUGUACUGGGAGCUAUUGUGGGAGCUGUUACUUCCGCUGUGGCGACCUCAGAUGUUUAUGGGCACGGUAUGGAAAAGGUGUUUCCUGAUGUGGAGUCUGGUGAAAGAACAGCAUCGUACCAAGGUGGCAUACAGGCCAUUUCCCUUGCUAUCACUCUGGGCAUCGCCUUGCUGGGGGGACUUAUUGUUGGUUUUAUCUUGAAGCUGCCUGUCUUUGGUGCUCCUAGCGACGCUGUCUGCUUUGAGGACAGCGUUUAUUGGGAGGUGCCUGGAGAAAGCCAUGAGGCAAGCCACGAGGACCAACUGACCACUGUGAGGGCAGAAGAGUCUGAGAGGCUCAACAGUUAGGUCUUCACAUGCAGAAAGCCAGAAAUCCCAGAUACACACUCUGUGGUGUUAAUAUCCGAGCACUUGAGAGCCUGCCGGCUCAAACAUAUUAAAAAUUACCCACAUGUCAUUCAUGUCUUUCUCUCCAGCCAUUUAAAACAAAAUCACCUUUUCAGAUUAUUAACACAUUACAUUUUUAACCACUAGAGGUUGAUCUAGAGCUGCUGUGUUAUGUGUUCCAGGCCUGUGAGACAGCACUGGGAAGUUAUGAGUCCAUUUGGUUGGAAAUGCUUUCUAAUUGUCCCAUAAAUGAAACCAUGUUACAGAAUUUGAUUUUAACAGCCACUUUAAACCAAAGAAAAAACAAACUAACAAGAAAACAAAACCCAGACACCUACAUCCAAUGGGUCUUAGAGGAAAGUAGAGAAUUUACAAAGGUUGCUUAAAAAAAAUGUUUUAUUUGUCUGUUUUUUUUUUCCUUUAUUGAAAAUAAUGAUUUCAUGCGGAAGUAUAAUGGUAUCUCUAAUGUGCGUAUUAUCUCCUAUUAAUUCAGGUUUGGGAUAUUCUAUUUUAUUUCUCCAUAUUAGACAUGUAGAGGGUUAGUUAGAGUAGAAAUGCCACUCAGUUUAGUUAUUUACGUUUCAUAUUAUUUGUAUGUUUGAAACUUGAAGAAAACUUGAUACAUUUUUAGAUUAGCCUAGAUUUACUGGAUGAUAGCUGAUAGUUGUAUCCACUGUGGGAGACAUUUUUAUGAAGCCAGACUUUUUGAAACACAUUAUUGGGCUGUAUUUGAAUAAAUAAAGUGUG